AUGGCUGUUCUUAUUCAUGAUUUCGAUACCGAGGUGAUGGAUGCUGUCUCCCUCAGUUGCCCAGAAACUUGGCCUGUACGAGAUGAACUAGGACCAGUAACGAUCAAAGCGCCUAACAACUUUUGCCAAUGGCCUCAGGCGACGUUCUCCACUCGGACACGGCAUACCCAUCAUGAUUUUUCUGGAUUUUUUGGGAAUUUUCUGAUUUUCUCCGGAAAUAUCCGAGAUGCCGGAAUACUGAAAAACCUCGGCAUCUCGGCACGGCCCAUUGGCACUGAUGGUGGCGGCACCCACUGUCACGUUUCUUUUUGGGCUUUAGCGCCUAGCAUCGUGACACAUUGCGAAGCGACCGUUUCGCCCCCAAAAAAAUCAGAAAAAUUAUCAAAAAAAUUACAAGGUUUCCCCGUGCGAAUGGAGCUCGUCGCCCUACAAGAUACAUGGCCCUUCCUCUUUCGUUACGAAAGAUUUGGUAGGCUUUUCUUGAUUUUCGCUUUGAACGACAUUGUAAUUUUCGUCGAGAGAUUGUCAGUGGUGACUGGGGUUGAGGAAAAGGGCGCUUGUGUGGUCAUAUGUAGCUACAUGGUAAUUACAUUGUUCUCUACUCACUACACGUCAGAGUGGCCUCCAAAAAUUCUCACUGAAUUCUGGAAAAAUUCAGACUGGGUCAUCCAAGCGGAUACUUCCUCUGGAGUGAAAUAUGGGUCCCAAGAAUUGCGAGACAUGUUUCAACAUCCCGGAUGGGCGUAUGGGAUUGCUGAGGGAAAAAAUCGCAUUCGACAGUAUACCAGGCAGGCGUCGGGAGGACUGGAGCUCAUCACGCUGAACGACAUGGGAGAGUGCAAGAGCAGCGAACUCGAGGCGGGAAUUGGUUGGACACGUGGUUGGGAGAGACCCAGAAAUGGAUUGCACAUGAAAAUCCAUGGCUACGGAUUAUUACAAAAGUCGUUCCACUAUAGUUAUAGGGAUUUUUAUACAGAAUGGACACGAAGGGAUGCAUUCCCGCCAUCCUCGGCGGUUGGCAGGCCUUCCGGUCUCCCCUCGCCAGUCAUCUUACAAAGACGCCUUCGAAAUUAUCUCGUUAUUGCCAAGAUCACCCGGAGUAAAAGGGGCAUCUUGUUAAUGCGUCAAAGGCCUUCCUUGGGAUCGAGGCGGAUUCAUGUGUCCUUGGAAAGGCUUUUGCCUGCCAACUUUGGAUGGAAUGGCCGUAAUUCAUGCCAGGCAUCUGUGUUGAAAUAUAGCAGUAUCAGCACCAAGAACAAGUACUUAUUGGAGACACACUGUAUCGCCCUUGCUGUGUCCAAUUAUAUGAGCCACUUCGCAAUAGCAAGAGUUCUUGCGAGUGGCGACGCAAGAUACAUCCAUCACAUGCAACUCGGAAGUUGGAAGACCUUGCCGAUGACACAGGCUGGGCGGUUAAGUCGUCCCUUGCGAAGUCAGGAUCGAUGGGAAAUAUCGGCCUAUGAGCGUGGUAGUAAAGGCUGCAGGAUGGAAAGACGAGUUGUAGUCAAAAUUCGAAUCCGUGGAAUCCGGGUCGAACAGAUGGCCCCGGGCCCCAGUGACACAUUUAUAAGGCUUCAGAAGGAAGUCGCGGAGACGGUCGAUGGGCACCUCAAGACAAGUUCAGUAGGUGCUGACAUGGAAGAACGUUUGAAAGAAGAACUAGGUACAGCAAACAGCCACAAGCAGAGCGUCAGAAGACCCACCGCGUACAUCAUCGCGGGGCGAGUAAUAGCCUGA